AUGGCGACACCAGUGGAUACCCAAUUCAUGGUGGCGGGAAUUGAUCUUGGAACAACGUAUUCCAGUCAUGCAUUCUCCUUCAAAUCUGACCCGCUUCCAAUCCAUGCACAUGUUUGGUCAGCAGGAAAUGAGUUGUCCCACAAAACUUCGUCGGUGAUUCUUUUGAAUCCAGACAAAUCCUUCAACUCAUUUGGAUUUAACGCAGAAAAAAAAUUUACCGAUAUGGCAGAGGAUAUGAGGCCAGAGGAGCUAGAGGCAUAUUAUUACAUAGACUCCUUCAAAAUGGCACUUUAUCAAGAAACGGAAAACGACAAUGGCGAAGUUCGAUCUGGAAUUCGACGUAAUAUGGAAGUCUAUGAUAUUUUUGGAAAACCAAUACGUUUAACUUAUAUCAUUGAGAAGUCGAUUUGGUAUCUCAAAGAUCAUCUGUUGGAAAGUUUGAAUCACCGCGGUUUUCAAACAACCGUUAUGGACGUACGAUGGGUAAUUACGGUACCGGCUGUGUGGACAGACCAGGCGAAACUGAUGAUGAGGGAAUGUGCACAUGAGGCUGGUAUACCCGACAACGCUCUAUCUCUAGCAUAUGAACCGGAAGUGGCGGCGUUGUUCUGCAAACAACUUCCUGGGGAUCAAAUCACUGGAACAAACGAAAAUGUAUUCAGAGAGGGCGCAGAGUUCAUGGUAGUGGAUCUAGGAGGGGGAACCACAGAUGUCACAGUCCAGCGGAUGUUUGGAGACAAAAUGGCAAGUGUCUUUGCUGUUAGUGGUGGGCCAUGGGGCGGUGCAAAGGUCAACGCUGAAUACAUUAACUUCUUGAUAGAGAUUUUUGGAAAUGAGGUAAUCAGAAGGUUAAAAAGGCAUGACAUUGGAGGGUUUCUAGAACUUAUUAGCGAAUUUGAGGUAAAGAAACGAAACACCGAUUCAAUCCAGCAGAAGAGGGACAUAACAAUCAGACUCCCUUCAGAGCUUCGUAAAAUAUACGAAAAUUUCAAUGAAAGUUGCUUUGAAAAUGCUUUCACAGAACAUAGCAAUGAUGUCGCACUGAGAAAUGACAAAAUGCGUAUCAAAUUUCGCAAAUUCGAAAGUUUCUUUUCGAAUACCAUCUCGAAAAUCAUCGAGCAUUUGAAAUCUUUGAUUGAAGAAAAAGAUAUUCAUGUACCUACUAUUCUAAUGGUUGGUGGGUUUUCAGAAUGCAGACUAGUUAGCGAUGCAAUUACAACAGCAUUUCCUAACCACAAUGUUAUCAUUCCUAUGGAAUGUGACCUGUCUGUCCUCAAGGGAGCAGUUCUGUAUGGCCACAGACCUCAGUCAAUCACCGCAAGAUACUGUCAUUACAGUAUAGGCAUAAGUCUUAAUAAACCUUACGACCCAACAGAACAUGUUGGAGCUGUCACAUUCAAGUCGGGAAAGACGACCAAAUGUGGAAAGUGCUUUGAGACAUUAUUCCGGAAGGGACGCAUUGUAGAGGUGGGCGAGAAGGCAACGAUCGAGGUCCACAGCGAUCACCGAGAAAGCGACAGAGAAAUGUGGAAGUAUGAUGUUAAAGAAUGUGAAAUUUUCACAUCAAAUAAAACUUACCCGAAAUUCGUCACAGAAGCAGGGUGCAACAGACAUGCGAUUGUUACGAUUCGUCCACCAGAUGGGGGCUGGCCGGAAGUAGUCGACGGGAAAAUAGAAAUGGAGGUUGGUGGAACAGAAGUGAUUGUCCGAUACAUUGAUGAGACUACCCAGAGGACAACUACAGUCAAACUUGAUAGUUUAACAUGUCUUGGAGAAUAGGCAAAAUCUACAACUAAAUCGAAUUUUUUUCAUUACUGCAACAACGUUAUAGUGUGCAGGGCAUGCUAUAAUGUAAACAGUGAUAUACCUGAAAUAUCCAAGACACUGUCGUUUUAUUGAAAAAAAGUCAUUAACUUACUGAAUCUUCUACGCAUUGUAACCGAGACUGAGUUUCCAGCAUGCUACUGUUAUACUCUCUUUUAGUCUCUUUGUUACAUGAUAAAUUGGUUCUGUAUAAACUUUACUUCCCCGGUAAUAUUUUUAACUAAAGCCACGGCACAGUGCAUGGUCACUUGACCAUAGUCACUCCCAAAAAGGUUGUUGGUUUGACGCAAGAAUUUAG